AUGUUCGCCCACUGCAGAGGCCCGGUCUGGGGCGCCGACGACUUCUCCAAGUGUUUCGAGCGGGACUAUCUCCUAACAUUGUUCCCCCUCCUCGUGUGCGGGCUGUCCUUCCUUUACCUGCUCUUCCAGCUCUAUCGAGCGGCGAGAAAGUCUCCAUACUACCAUGCGUAUAGCGUGCUCGAUGACGUGCAGAAUGUCUGGUCAAUACGAAGUCCUCACUAUAACGGCGACGCCGACACCGAUACCGAUACCGAUACCGAAGAUGAAUUUGAUCGCAACGAGGAGCUGGCGCUGCACCCGACCAUGAGCCGGCAGACAAUGUCCACCAUGGCUGUGGACAAGCCGCGAGGAGAGGUCACCGUUGUGGUAUUGGAGGAGGCUGCUGUGCUGGCACAACUCGGUGUGCACGUCGCCGUCUACUUCACGGGAGCGUGGGGACACAAGGGCAACACUGCGGCGAUUGCUGGUAUUGCCGUCUGGGCAUACAUCGCCACACUCGCUUCGCUGCGCCUGCUAUUCUCCAGCACCAGCAGAUGGUCUUUCCCGAAGCUGUGGUACCACACGGCCUUCAUUUACGCCUUCCAGUGGUGUUUUACCAUCCUCUUAUUCCGGUCCGCUGUUAUCCACCCCCGAUCACAUCUUGCGCAACAACUUACGAUCAUUGAUUUUACCCUGACGACACUCCUAUUCAUCAUUGCGCUCGCGUCGCGGAAGGGAAACAAGGCGGUCGAGCUAGAGUAUGAGGCGGAAAUCGAACCCGCGAGGGAGCCUAUCGCCAGUGUGUUCUCGCUGGCAACGUUUUCUUGGGUCGAUCCUAUCGUUUGGAAGGGGUACAAGAAAACAUAUGAACUCUCCGAUGUCUGGAAUCUAGCUCCGAAGGACAAGGCGGCAGCAGUCAUUGCCAACUACCGCCAGGUCAGAAAGACGUCCGCCCUGGCAUUCCAUCUCCUGAAGUACUUCAAGCGGGGACUCCUGAUUCAGGCAUCAUGGGCCGCCAUGUCUGGAUUUCUGACCUUUGCGCCCACUCUACUUCUCAAGGCGAUUCUAGAAUACGUCGAGGCUCCUGAAUAUACCCCGCGAAAUGCCGCAUGGUUCUACGUUAUCCUGCUCUUCGUCUCCGGGUGUCUUUCUGCGCUUGCCGAUGGACAGGCGUUAUGGAUCGGGCGCAAAAUCUGCAUCCGUUUGCGCGCGGUUGUCAUCGGGGAGAUCUACGCGAAGGCGUUGAAACGGAGGGCUGCCGCCGGCGCCGAUAAGGUCCUGGGCGCGGAGAAGAAGAAGCCCGAUGAUGAAGAGGAUCUGAGGGGACUCAAGCGAAUCAUGACUUUCGGUCGGAAGAAGAAAAAGGCAACAGAAGCACCGAAGCAGGAAGAUCAGAAGCCGGAAUCCGAUUCUCAGGUCACCACCGGCACCAUCAUCAAUCUCAUGGCCGUGGACGCUUUCAAAGUCAGCGAGAUUUGCGCCUACCUCCACUUCCUCUGGGCGAAUACUCCAGUGCAAGUCAUUGUAGCUAUCGUCCUGCUUUAUUCAAUUCUCGGCUACAGCUCAAUUGCCGGCAUCGGAAUGAUGAUCAUCCUCCUUCCCAUCAAUCUCUACGUAUCGAAGCAGUUCGCCAAGAUUCAGAAGCUCAUCCUUGCGGCCACGGACGCAAGAAUCCAUGCGACAAAUGAGGUAUUGAGCAACAUCCGGAUCAUCAAGUUCUUCGCCUGGGAGCAGCGUUUCAUCGGACAGGUCAAUGACAAGCGAUACACGGAGCUGAAGUACCUCAGAAGACGAUAUAUCCUAUGGGCGAUAGCAGCGACUAUAUGGUCCGGAUCUCCUAUUCUCAUUACAUUCCUGUCAUUCUUAGUCUACACGAACGUUGAGAAGAAAGAUCUGAUUCCCUCUGUGGCAUUUACUGCAUUAUCGCUAUUCCAGAUCCUUCGGAUACCGCUCGAUCAGCUCGCAGACAUGGUUGCGCAUGUGCAGGAGUCAAAGGUUUCCGUUGACCGAAUCGAAGAAUAUCUCAGCGAGCCUGAAACCGACAAAUACGCGCAACUUGUUACCCGCAAGAGGGACGAGAAUGGCCAGCCUGUCAUUGGAUUUGAAAACGGCACCUUCAGCUGGGGCGGCACAGAUAUGCAAGACAAGGCUUCUGCCGAGGCUUUUAAGCUCAUGGACCUCAACAUCAAUUUCAAAGUCGGCGACCUCAAUGUUGUGGUGGGGCCUACCGGAUCUGGCAAAACAUCGCUCCUUAUGGCCUUGCUUGGAGAAAUGACGAAGCUGAAGGGAGAUGUAUUCCUGCCCGGUGGUUGCAGUCGCGAAGAUCUCAAGCCAGAUCCCGAGACAGGCCUUACCGAAAGCGUGGCUUACUGUGCGCAACAAGCCUGGCUUACCAACGGUACUGUGAAGGACAACAUCGUCUUCGCGAGUGACUGGGACGCAACCCGCUACAAGAACGUCAUUGUUGCUUGCUCCCUGCAGCGCGAUCUUGAGAUUCUUGAUGCCGGAGAUCAGACGCUCGUUGGUGAGAAAGGCGUUACUCUGUCGGGGGGACAGAAACAGCGCAUAUCCCUCGCUCGCGCGCUGUACAGCAAAGCUCGCCACGUUCUCCUCGACGAUGUUCUGAGCGCUGUCGACUCUCAUACCGCCAAAUGGAUCUUCGACAAAGCACUCAUGGGACCGCUUAUGUACAACCGGACCUGCAUUCUUGUUACGCAUAACGUCAGCCUCUGCUUGCUCCAUGCCGAGUUCGGUGUUGUGCUCGACAACGGCAGGGUAGCCGCUCAAGGCACAGCUGGCGAGAUCAUUGACUCCGGGAAACUCACGGAAGACCUAUCGAAAUCGCGACCGGUGUCUCGAGGAACGUCUAGAGUGCCGUCACGUGUCCCGUCAGACGUUGGCGGCGAAGAAGCGGCUGGCGAGGUCAGCCAUGCAAAUGGAGCCGCCAAUGGCGAUGCGAAUGGCUCAUUAGUUCCCAAGAAGGCGCCCACCAGCAAUACACAUGAAGAGACGAAGGCUGAGGGAGGGGUCAAGCUGAGCAUCAUCGUUAUGUACCUGAAGGCUAUGGGCCCCUGGUACUACUGGAUUGGCGCGACCAUUGCGUUUGCAGCACAGCAGAUCUCGUCCGUCUCUACAAACGUCUGGAUCCGGACAUGGGCAAACGCUUACGCAGAGAAGCGUGUUCAGUAUAUGGGAUCGCAUCACCGCUCGCCCGUCACUCAUGCCCCUACACUCAACGGGCUAGGGACGUGCAUGAAGAGCGGCACCUGUAGCUGGAACCUUCCUUUCUUCGGGCAAUCUGAUGAAACGCAAUAUUCCUACGAUCUCAUGCAGGCACAGACCGGCUUCACCAGCUCCCACGCUGACGUCGACUCAGCCUACUUCCUUGGCGUCUAUGCUGUUCUAGGAGUCAUAUUCAUGUUCAUCACGUUCCUUCGGGAAGGUUUCCUAUUCGGUGGAUCUCUCGCGGCUUCUCGAAGGAUACACGAGAGGCUCAUCCAGGCUAUCACACAUGCCAAGUUUCGCUUCUUCGAUCAGACACCUCUUGGCCAACUCAUGAACCGAUUCUCCAAGGACAUUGAAUCCGUCGACCAAGAGGUAGCCCCUGUAGCAAUCGGUGUCGUGCAUUGCCUCGCAUCCAUCAUCACCAUCGUUAUUCUCAUUUCAGUCAUCACACCUGGCUUCCUGAUCGCCGGUUUCUUCAUCACGGUGCUUUACACGCUCAUCGGCCGAUUCUACCUGAACUCCUCUCGAGAUCUAAAACGUCUAGAAUCCGUCCAUCGCAGCCCACUUUAUCAACAGUUCGGCGAAACUUUGACUGGCAUGACAACAAUUCGUGCGUACGGCGAUGAGCGACGUUUUAUCCGCGAAAACCUGACCAAGAUUAAUACUCAGCACCGGCCGUUCAUCUACUUGUGGGCUGCUAAUAGAUGGCUCGCGUUUCGAGUGGACGUCGUUGGCGCCUUGGUGGCAUUCUUUGCCGGCGUGUUCGUAGUCCGGAGUGUAGGGAGAAUCGACGCAGGAGCUGCCGGUCUGGCUCUGACCUAUGCUGUCACGUUCACCGAGAACGUGCUAUGGUUCGUCCGACUGUACUCCGCAAACGAGCAAAACAUGAACUCCGUCGAACGUGUCAAGGAGUAUCUAGAUGUUGACCAGGAAGCUGCACCUGUCAUUCCGGAGAAUCGGCCACCAUCGAACUGGCCCAGCAGGGGCUCAGUGGAGUUCAUCAAUUACUGCACCCGAUAUCGGCCCGAUUUUGACCUCGUUUUACGGAACGUCACUUUCAAGAUCCUCCCGGGCGAGAAGGUGGGCGUGGUUGGCCGCACGGGUGCUGGGAAGAGCUCCUUGGCUCUUGCACUUUUCCGCGCACUGGAAGCAGAAGAGGGAAAGAUUCUCGUGGAUAAUAUCGACAUCGGGUUGAUUGGUCUCCAGGAUCUGCGGGAGAACAUCGUUAUGGUACCGCAAGAUCCAACCCUCUUUACAGGGACUAUCCGGAGUAACCUCGAUCCAUUCUCCCUCUUUACAGAUGAAGAAAUCUUCACCGCUCUGCGCGAGGUACACCUCGUCUCCUCCACGUCCGCUGCAACGUCUGGGGCAGGAACACCCGAGGGACCCAGCACCCCGCGCGCCAUCGAGAUACCCAAUCCUACUACUGGUGCAGUCGUGGCCGAUAUAAACGCCAGCUAUUCCGCUUCAACGACUAAUCCGGGCUCGAUUCUCACGAGUCGAGAGUGGGAGCAUGGCGGAACGACCGAAGACACUGUUUUGAUCAUGCCCAAUGGAGCAGCCACGAACACAGACGAGCCUGUGCAAUUCGCGAUGCAGGCCGAUAACAAGAAUCCCUUCCGGAAUCUCAACUCCCCCGUGUCUGAAUCCGGCUCCAACCUCUCUCAAGGUCAACGCCAGCUUCUCUGCCUCGCCCGAGCCCUGCUCAAGCACCCGAAAGUCCUGCUUAUGGACGAAGCUACCGCGUCGAUCGACUACGCUACCGACGCUAAGAUCCAGGAGACGAUUCGCGAAAUCAAGAACACUACCAUCACAAUCGCUCAUCGCCUCCAAACGAUCAUUGACUACGAUAAAGUGCUCGUCCUCGACAAAGGCCAGGUCAUCGAAUUCGGCGACCCGUACGACCUGAUACGCCAAGACGGCGGCUCCUUCCGCGGCAUGUGCGAGACUAGUGGCGACAUGGACAAUCUCGUGAAGGACGCGAAAAAGGCGUAUGAGGACAGGGAGCCGCGACGUGCUAGGUCUCGUGAGUAG